GUUUAUUCACUACCUCAGUGAGACCCUCUACGGGCUCGCUUUUAAGAAAUGCGAACGCCUCAUUCGCGCUCUGUUUUGAGAUUUCACGCAGUAAAGCACACAGUCCGCUCUGCUCGUCUUCUCUCUCUCGUGAUUAUUAGAAAGUGAAAGCGAACUUCAUUAUCCUGAAGAUUUUCGGGAAGAGUUACCAGAUAUUGAUACCUCUAUCUGAAUCCAUCGCCGUGAAAAACUUCGUUUGUUCCAGCGGUGAGGUCUUCAUUUGAAUCAGUCGUCUGCAGAGGAAGUUUUGUAGAGCCAUAAGUAAGCAACAAAUAAAUUACGUGGACUAAAGAAUGAAUACAGGAAAGAAAGCUCUAAAGUUCAAACCUGGACCUUCUUCUCGAUUUAAUGCUGAUGCAUCAUUCAGAAAUUUGAGCAAGUAUCACCUUGGAGGUGUAAUAUUUGGAUGCACGAACAGCACUAUAAACGAAUGUCUUUCCAACCAGCUUUUUGGCUUGCCUUCUCAACACUUUUCAUAUGUUAAGAACAUUGAUCCUGGUUUGCCUUUGUUCCUAUUCAACUCUAGCGGGAGAAAAUUGCAUGGCAUCUUUGAGGCGGCUAGUUCAGGUCAGAUGAAUAUUAAUCCAUAUGGGUGGACUACUGAUGGUUCAGAGAGAACACUUUAUCCAGCUCAGGUUCAAAUUCUUGUUCGGAAGCAGUGCCAACCUUUGUUAGAAAAUCAGUUCAAACCUAUAAUUACAGACAACUAUUAUGGCCCCAAUCAUUUUUGGUUCGAGCUUGACCAUUCUCAGACAAAAAAAUUGAUUUCUUUAUUGGCAUCUCAAGCAAUGACUCCCAAUGUACCACAAUCUUCAACGAACUGCAGACCUUUCUGUACCGUCCUCCCCUCCUUGGAAACGACGGAAGGAAGUGAAAAGAUCAAACCACAAAUUAUGGAGGUGGAUUUUGACCUGGCAAGUCAAGUAGCGGAUACUGUAGAUGUUGCUUCCUCAUUAGAUGCAGGAAAUAGUGAAUUUGGAGCUCAUUGUGAUGCAAAUGAGGCCAAUGAAGAGGAGAAGAACCGACUAUUGCAUAAACUACAACAAUUGGCUAGGAAUCAUCAUGAAAGUCCAAUGUUGCCUUUAACAAGUGAUACAUAUCAUACUACCUUUAGCAAGGACAAGAAUUUGGAGAGUAAUGGUUGUUCUGUUGAACCAAUAAAGUCCAAAGAGAGCAAUGAAGAAGACUUUGGAUCUUCGACUGAAUUUCAGUCUCUAAUUGCCCAGUUGGUUCAAGAGAUACAAAAGCUAAAGGAUUCUAAAGCAGAACAAGCUAAGAAAAUAGUUUUCUUGGAGGAAAAGCUGUUGGGUGCAGAAGGUGAAAUCCAGGAGUUGAAGAGUCUUUUGACGUUGAAUUAUUUGCCAAAGUCAGAUGCACUAGAGGCAAAGAGGGUCAUGGUUGAGGAACAAAUUGAAGACUCAUGUUUGGAUCCCUGUGAAUCUAUUUUUCUUAUUGGAGGAUAUGAUGGUGCAUCACACUUGUCGACUUUGGAAUUAUAUGAUGCUUCUAGGGAUAUGAUUAAAUCUCUUAGGCCAAUGAGAUCUGUACGCGCAUAUGCUUCUGUUGCUUGGUUGAAUAGUCAGCUUUAUGUUUUUGGUGGUGGUAAUGGUUGUGUAUGGUAUAACACAGUUGAAUCAUAUAACCUGGAGACCGAUCAGUGGACCUUGUGCCCUUCCUUAAAUUUGGCGAAGGGAAGCCUCGGAGGAGUUAGCAUUGGCAACAAAUUAUUUGCUAUUGGUGGUGGAAAUGGUAUUGAGUCAUUCUCAGAUGUUGAGAUGCUCGACUUAGAUCUUGGACGAUGGAUUUGUGCAAGGUCAAUGCUAAAAAGGCGAUUUGCUGUUGCUGCAGUGGAGCUCAAUGGCGUACUUUAUGCAACAGGGGGGUUUGAUGGCAGUGAUUAUAUGAAAUCUGCUGAAAGAUUUGACAUCCGAGAACAUUCAUGGACUGAAAUUGCAAGUAUGAAUGAAAAACGAGGAUGUCAUUCAUUGGUGACUUUGAACGAGAAACUUUAUGCUCUUGGGGGAUUCGAUGGAUGUUCUAUGGCUUCUAGCGUUGAAGUAUAUGAUCCACGUAUGGAAUCAUGGAUCAUUGAGGAACCCAUGAAAAGAACACGAGGCUAUGCAGCAGCUGGAGUUAUCAAUGAAUCUAUAUACGUUAUUGGAGGUGUGUUAGUUGAUGACAAAAUUCUAGACACGGUUGAUAUUUAUAAAGAAGGGUACGGGUGGCAGGAAAAGACAUCGAGAGUUCUAAAGAAAAGGUGUUUCCAAUCGGCUACCGUUCUUUCAGCGUGAGAAGCUCACUUGAACGUAGUUGGUAUGUUGGUAUGUUAGUUAAAUCCAUUGCUGCAACGAUUUCCUUCUGAUUAUUAAAGAGGCAUAAACCUUUCUAAUACACAACACAUUUUCAACAAAUUUGUAAAUCGGUGUUCAAAAUAUCAUAUCUAGUGAAAAUACAAAAGAGAAAAGGAGUUUAAUUGGUUCGUUAUACACUUAUAAUCUCAAUUAAUUAAGGCCCCAUCUGAUAUAAUUUGGUUUUUAAAACGUAAUAUUAUUGUCUAUUGAUGUUUUUGUUUUAUUAUUACUUUUUUGAUGUGUGUUCAAAAUCCAUUCAAAUUUUGAAAAAUAAAAAAAGUUGCUCUUAAAAACUUGCCUAGAAACUCAUGUUUACUACGUGAAAAUUGUGCCAAGGAAGUUUAGAAAAAAUACGCACACUUUUUAUAAAUAAAAAAAUACGAGAUAAAAUAAUUAUCAAAUUGAGGCUUUGGCCACCUUGGCUUCAGAACUUGUUUGAAAACAAUUUUAUGCCUUUUUUUUUUAAUAGUUGAUCUUUUUUACAUUUUUUCUGUAGUUGGUGUUUAUUUUAUUUAGUAUUAAAAUUUUACAUUAUUUGGAAAUUUGUUUUCAAAUUAUUUUUAGAAAAGUUAUUGAAGGUAUAUAUGAAUUACUCUCUAAUUUAAGCAUUUUUUUAAAAAGCAUUCUCAAUAAAACGUUUUUAUAUCAAGUGAAUGUACUAAUGUCAAAUAUGUUUUCUACUACAUAUUUUGAAAAUUUUUGGUUAAUUAUUUAGAAGUCAGUUUUAACGGUCCCAAGAGUUUUAAAAAAUGGUUUUUAAUCUAAUCCUAAGUUCUUUGAGGUAUUUAUUAGAUUUUUAUUAAAAAAACACUUUUAAUCAUCUAAAAUUAUUUGAGACACUAUGCAAACACUUCAAUUUAUUAGUUUUCUUUUUGGAUAAUUGUAAUGGGCAGUAUUUUUAGGAUAACUAAAUAAGGAUAUAACAUCAUUUAAAACAAUUUGGAAAGAUAGCAAAUUUUCAUUAAAAUCCUUAUUCAUUUAAUAUUUAUUCCCAAAAUAUCCUCAAAGCACGAUUUUCUCAUUCCCAAUUUUACCGAUUUGUUUUACCAAUUUCCUCUCCUCGCACGCGUACUUCCUCUCGAGUUUAUUCCCUUGUUCGUCGAUUGUUCUUCAUAGUCGAUUUGAUGGUUCUUCAUUAUAGAUUUGAUUGUUCUUUUACUUUGGCAUAUUAUUCUACUUCUCUUUUUGGAUUCGUCUCAAAUUUCUCAGAUUUUUCCUUAGGUUUUCUCUCAAUUUUGUGUGUGAUUCUUCCUUUUGGUUUUGUAGGAUAAGUUUGUGAAUUUGUUGGUAUGAUGAGAUUUCGUCUUGUUUUUGGAUUUGAUCUCCAUUUUACACUAAAUUCUUCCUCUCUGUUUUUCUUGAGAUUUUGCGCAUGAUUUUUUCUCUUAGUUUUAGGAAUCGAGUUUAUCCUUGCUUUUAAAACUUGAUUUAAUUUGUGAUUUUGUAGGCGUCGUUGUUGUUUAAUUGAAGCGUGUUGAUUUUUCUAGUUAAUUCGAAGGUUUCUAUAGGAUUCAUCUAUUGUGAUUUUUCCUCUGAGUUUUAUCACUUAAAUCAUUAUGUUUUUAGGUUUUUAGGUUUCAAUUUUUUCUCCUUACAGACAGUGAUGAACUUUUCAAAAUGAUAGACUCGUAUCUUAGUCUAUCAAUAAUAUUGGUUUGUCAUUGAUGGACCUUGUAUUCUAUUUAUUUUUGUACAUAAUUAAAGGAUAUUAGUCUAUGAAUGUGGGUUUUGAUGUGUCAUUUGUUUUGCA